AAGGGAGUCGUGGAAUUAUUUUUAAUUCCAUCUAAUAUAUAAGUGUUUUGUGGCUUUUUUGUUUUUACAUUUAAAUUAAAGAUGGCUUUGUCCAUGUUUCUUCGCAAUUCAGCAUGCACAAGCCGCAUAUUCAGCCAGCAAGUAAUGCGGCUAGCAACUCAGCCUGCGUUUGCGCAGCGCGCCGCCGCCGCCUCCGUGCCUCUCAAGAGCUUAGCUCUUAACCAGAGCAAUAGCACGCCUAUUCUUAAUGCUGUGCGCUCGUUCCGCACGACGGCGCCCGCGCUGGCCGAGCACGCCCACGACCACUCCAAGCUCUGGGUCAUCGAGAAGGCAGUCACGGCCGCCAUGGUGCCGCUCAUCCCCUUGGCGCUGCUGAUGCCCAACAAAGUGUUUGACUCGGUACUGGCCAUACUCAUCACUGCACACAGCUUCUGGGGUCUCGAAGCCAUAGCUGUUGACUACGUCCGCGCCAGCAUUUUCGGCCCCUUCAUCCCGAAGCUGGCAAUCGGCCUCGUGUACCUGGUCUCCAUCGCGACCCUAGGCGGCCUUUUCUACCUCAUCAGCCAUGACGUGGGCCUCGCUAACGCCGUCAAACAGUUCUGGGGGGUUAAGGCUAAGCAGGCGUAGGUUUUGAGUGAAAACUGCCCUUUUUAUAUGCAUGUAUGAAGAAAUGUAGGUAUC